GUUUCAACCAAUAAUGUAGCAGUAGUUGGACGGUGGGAAGACCAAGCAAGUUCUCUACUGUGCGCAGCAGCCAGCAGAAGCAGCAAGGAACAGGGAACUUUGUUUGGUUUCAACAAAGAGAGUCAUGGUUCAAGCCAAAACCUGGAUCCUGAAGCAGCACUUUGAGGGCUUUCCUAAAGACACCGACUUUGAGCUAAAACUAGAGCAGCUCUCUGAGCCCAGAGAUGGAGAGGUUCUUCUGGAGGCAGUGUUCCUUAGUGUGGACCCUUACAUGCGUCCAUUCAGCCGUGUUCGAAUGCAAGCUGGAGAUGUGAUGAUUGGAACUCAAGUUGCCAGGGUGAUUCAAAGUAAUAAUCCUUCAUUUCCUGUGGGCUGCCAUGUGGUUGGUCGAUGUGGCUGGAGAACACACACUGUGACUGAUGGGAGCAAUAUCACCAAAAUCUUGGUUGACUGGCCUCAGGAUGUCUCCCUGUCCCAUGCCCUUGGAGCCAUUGGGAUGCCAGGGUUGACUGCUCUUUACGGUUUGGAGGAGGUCUGUGCCAUCAAACCGGGAGAAACCUUACUGGUUAAUGCAGCCGCGGGGGCCGUUGGUUCUGUAGCUGGUCAAAUUGCCAAACUAAAAGGUUGCAAGGUUGUGGGAUCAGCAGGAAGUGAUGACAAGGUGGCAUAUCUGAAAGAGCUGGGCUUUGACCAGGCUUUCAACUACAAGACUGUCCCGUCACUGGAGGAAGCACUGAAGAACGCUUCACCCGAAGGUUACGAUUGCUACUUUGAGAAUGUGGGCGGCCCUUUUUCGAGUGUUGCGAUUCCGCAGAUGAAGGAAUUUGGGCGUAUUGCUGUGUGUGGAGGAAUAUCACUGUACAAUGACACCACCCCACAGACAGGUCCUUAUCCACACCUGCAAAUGAUUUUUAAGCAGUUGAAAAUGGAAGGGUUCUUGGUGGGCAGGUGGCAACAUAAAAACGACGAGUCACUGAAGCGAAUGUUGACCUGGAUGCAGGAGGGAAAGCUGAAGUGUAAAGAACAUGUAACUGCUGGCUUUGAAAACAUGCCUGCUGCGUUCAUGGGGAUGCUGCGGGGAGAAAACAUCGGAAAAGCCAUUGUUAAAGUCUGAUGGCAAGUACUCCAGUGGUUUGCUCAUGAAACAACAAUCUUGCCAUUUUUGUUAUAAAUUUUGCAUUAAUAAUGUUUUCAUGUUUUGUCCAUUAUUUUGUUUUACAAAUAAAGUCUUUUUUUUUUUUUUGUAAAUCAGUGUCACAUUUGCAACAGAUAUGCACAAAGCAGGAAUAAAAAUAUACUUUUAUAUAUAUAUAUAUAUAUUAUAUAUUAGAAACAUGAAGGAAAUUUUGAAAAGAUUAACAUUGGUCUAUUAAGUCAGCAAUUGUUAAUUAUGUCAUGAAAAAAAACUUAUUUUUCAAUAGGAUAUGCAUGAUCAUGAACUAGAUGAACCACAUGAAUAACAGCAUAUAGAUAAUUUAACAGUCUUUGGACAGUGUGUAAGAUUUUUAAUGCAACUCAUACAAUUUGAUAAGCAUGGUUAUGAGGUUUUGUUGCAAUAAAACUAUUAUUUCAUCCAUUAUCCUUGGAAUCUGGUAGGCUUCACUAUUGACGAUUUGUAUUUUUUAUAAAUAAAUACAUUAGCUUAAAAUGGAAGUAAUAAUAACUUGUUUUAAUACCCACACUGGGUGUUUCUGAAUACUGACAUCUUGUGGUAUUUAUGGAGGAAUCGUAGUUCAUAGUAAAUGUUCACGAAGGAGAGACAAGAGCACCUCUUGUGUGAAGCAAAGAAAAGUCUUAUGUAUUUCAUCUAUAACAAAGUGUGUAGUUGCUUUUGUGUUGCACUGAUUAAGAAUAUAUUCAAAUAGAUUUUAGAAUAACAUUUCGUUUUAGUGGUAUAUGGAAUAAUUAUUAUGAUUUUGGCUUCUAGGUAGGAUCGAGCUGCGCUGUCAUAUGGAAUGUCAUGCAAUGUAAAUGAAAAUUGUGACAUUUAACAUUAAGAAUAAAUCUGCACAGGAUAGCAGAUAAGCCCUA